ACUUUGCUGUGUGACAGGACGGCUUAGUAGCCUGGAGGGUGGUAAGGCAUGUGCCCUUGUCUGUUGCCACCCCAAUAAACCAGUAAACCAGGUAGACAAGUCGGCAAGUCCGCUCUCCUGGGAACUAGCAACGGACUUAGCACGGCCAGUAAACCGAGGGAGGGACCUCAAACUUCUGUCUGCUGCUGGUAGGUUACAGUUUUGUCUGUACAAUGUAUAUAGCACGCUAGUAUCAGGACCCUGAGUUUAUAGCACCCUGUUAUGGUCAGAUAUGCCAAAUGUGGCUGACUGUGUUUCCUUGUUAUCUAUGUUAGGGAAUAAACGAUCUUCGUUUCUGUUUACAUCAUACAGACCAACCACUUGAUCUGAAUCAAACUAUCAAUAUAACAGUUACAGCCUCAUCACAAGUUUCCCUGUGGGUAUGGUUUGUUUACAAGAGUUAGAGUUUUCAGAUCAGGUUGAUUAUUUUCUACAUGGUAUGUUAUUAUUCUGUGCUUUAAUGCUGUGGAUAAUUAUUAAAACAGAUAAGUCCAGCAAAAAAUUAAUGAGGAUCUGAUUUUGAUCAUUGCCAAAUUGAGUCCUGAGUGAACUUUACAAGGUGACUCUCUCUCUUUUAGGGACUAUCUUAUGUGUCCUCAACAGCCAACAGCUAUUAGCAGUGAUGGAUUCUAAGUUAAACAAUAUUGAGUUUGUUAAACUUGUUCUCCUCUGUGUGGGGAUGUAUUCUCUUUUGACUGAUUAUUAAAGGUUAUUUUCCUCAGAGUAGGAGGAUUAUGAUGACACUGGGUGUCUGCGGUUUUAAUGGGAUUCCUAUGUUCAUGAUCUGCACUCAGGCUGGUUAGCUGGGUUAUAAAGAGGUGAGAGGGGCCUUUAGCAGUUAUAGCACCAAGCUGAUCAAUUGAAUACCAGAUUACAAUUUGAGGUGCCUGCAGCUUACUGAUUCUUUCCACAUUUAGCUGAGCGGCAGAGCUUUAGUCAGCCAGUGCAUGCUAACUCCAGCUUUGAAUAUUUAGGUCCCACAGACUUAUUACAGUGCAACAUGUAUCCAGGAUGGAUUAAGAAAGGCUCUUGCCUAUGGGGAAUUAUUUACAUUUAUAAGGCGCACUUCUUAAACAUGCAGUUUGAUCACAUCUUAAGGUCAGAGAGUUGGUGCUGGCUUUGACCUUUUGACUCUGUCUGGGCCAAUGAUGGCUUUUGAAAAAGUUGAAAUGAUGAACCAACUUUUACACAUAGAAUCAAGCCCACAUUACAAGUUGGAUUUCACAAUUUUGCUUUGAUUAUAUGUACCACUUUCAAGAUUCUUAAUAUGAUUUUAGAUUAAAAGUAGAAACUGAUACUGACUAAAGCAACGAAACAAUGCAAUAUCCAGUAGACACAAAUACAGACAAAGAGCAGAGAAAAAAAAACAAGGGUAGAUGUGACAGGCAGGUUAAUUCAUUCAAGUCUGUGUAUUAAAUACAUACAUGAGCUACGUAUACUCACAUGUACAAGCUCAGACACAUUUACAUACAUCUGCACAUGAUCAAAUAUACCUGAUAGAACCAAAUACAGAUACAUUGCAGCUGCAGGUUAAUCGUGGCAUUAAUGCAUUAUUUAACAGCUGAUCCAUCCCACUUUAAAAUAAUUGCAGAGUCAGUGCAACAGGAGGCAAACGUUCAUCUGAAACCCCUAAAGUCAUUCCUUCCUGUGUCUCUAUUGAAGGAAAACUACUUUGCACACAGGGGCCUUAGUAAGCUGUCGAUUCACUCUAUAAAUAAAGGUCUCCCUUAUCUUACUAACCUAUUUUCAAUAAGCCCAAAGAUCAGCAGGAUCUGUUCCAGUGCGUCGGUGCUUCAAAAAUACUAGAGGACACAGGAUGUGGGUUGGCCAAGACUACAGAGGAAGUAUAUUUUUACAGGAAAGAGUGAAGUAAAAAGUGUAACCUUCAGUUAUUCUGGCUACAAAUGUGCUGAAAUAAAUAACACAUGGUUGGUUUUUUUGUGAGUUCUGAGUUAUUCUAUAUGUUAGCUGUUCAGAGCUUUUAAUUAAAAGGUGGCAUGGCAACUUUCUCCCCAAACAACUUCCUUGUCGUUAUUCUAGUAUGUUGUUAACUGGAAAAUGCAUGUUUGCAGUUUUGAUUUUCAGAAUUUGUUACAUUUCUGUACUUUUAAGUGUCUGGGAUUGCUAAACCAUGCCUGCUUGGUUAAUGAUGAUGCUGUAUUGGUUGGGCCGUAAUUGAAUAGUGUUCUUAUCUCUGACUAAUUUAUUUUGUGUACCAUUUGAAUUAUGUACAGUAUGAGUUGUAUGGUGUGGAGGCAGCAGCAAAAGGUAGAACAAAGUGUGAUAUCAUAUUGUAUUGUAUUGUAUCACACGUAUUGUACCAAAUUACAGCCCAAAUUGCAUCCCAGCAUAUCGUAUCGACUCAUACUGUAUCAAAUGGCAGCAUAUUGCAUGGCAUUGCACUGCAUCACAUAAUAUUAUAUCGUAUUGUGUCACAAUAAUAUGGUUAUUUAAUAUAAAAUCAUAUUUAUUGAUAUAUAUUACAUUAUUUCCCCUUGUGGGACUAAUAAAAGAGUAUCUAACUUAUUUCUUACUUAUUUGAUCAUUCAGUUUUUUUUCUCUAUGUACUGAUGCUGCUGAAAUUUUAACUUCCUUGAGAGAACCUUCCCAAAAGGAUCAGUAAAAUCUAUCUAAUCUAAUCCAAUCUGAUCCAUUUUAAUCUAAUCUUCUCUAAUCUAAUCUAUGAUAUGGUAUUAAUGUUGUCUGAUCCAUUAUAUCAUUUUUUUUUCUUAUGGUAUUGUGCCAUACCAAACCGUAAACAAUCAAACUGAUUAUACUGUAUUGUUCUGUGCAGCACUGUACUGUAUGUAUCACACUGUGCUGUAUCGGAUUUUAUCAUAUCAUUGUGUAUUUUGUAUUGUAUCAUGUCAUAUCAUAUUGUAUUGCACUGCAUCAUGUUGUAUUGUAUUGUAGGAUAAGAUAAAACAUGAUACAGUUUGACAAGAUAUGAUACAAUAUGAUAUGUAUCGUACUUUAUUUUAGACUUAGAUUUACAAAUGAUCAAAUCAAACUCCAAGAGUGAAACUUGAAACACUCACUUGCAACCCCAAGAAUACAUUUUCAUGCUCAAGCUGGCAUUUACUUUUCACUUAUAUUAAUAGCCUGAGUUUACAGUUCCAAGCCUUGAAACGUGCCCAAUAAUUUGAAAUCCUUUUGUGGUUUGUUGCUUUCAGAAAUUGCUUACCCCCAUAAGAAAAUAAUUGUUCCUAGAAAGGGGCUGGUGGUGGUGAUAUAACCGGUUUUUCAUGGUUCCUGGAAGUCUGUUCCCAUCUGUGCAUAAGCGAAGGUCAAGUCUUUUGAUACGAAACCGCUUGAUUGUGCUCAAUUCCUGGAAACCGUUUUUCUUUUUUCAUUUGACACAUGGUUUAAGCUGAUUUACAAUCUGUAAUGCACACUUAGUAUAUUUCCUCAUAAGAGGAUUGAUCAGUGAACUGUGCACAUUUUCGUUGUUCACAGCGUGCUAAUACACAUGAUAUUGUGGUGCCAUCAAGUUCCUGAAAACAGUCAUUAAUAUUGUUUGUGGCUUUUAAAAUAUUAGAGAUAGGAAUGAAGCUCUCAAACCCUGAGGGGGAUGGAGUUUAUAGUUUCGACUCUACAAAAAGCAGUGAUAAAUGAGUAAACUUUAUGCUCCAUUAGCUUAUUUUAUUUGAGCUGCAUGCACAGGCAGAAGUAAGUUUGUAUAAAACUGAACAAUAAUUUACAUCCAGGGGUAUCAUAAUAGGACUACUGCAGCAAAUAAUAAAACUGUGAUUGUGUAUUUACAAGACUAACCACCUAUGUAAAGGUUGCUUGUCAUACAGUCAUUCCCCAGGGUAUCACCUGGUUUGACUGCUGAAAAUGCCGAAUGACCCCUCUGUCACUUUCCUCAUUCCUGAAGACGUCAAAGGACAAAAGUUGUAUGGAUUACAGACAUAAUCUCAGAAUAACUUGACUUUGAAUAAUAUAAUUUUUUAUUUUAUGCCACACACAUAAUGUCAUUUGCAUGCAUAUCAUCUAGUUCAGUGUGUAUGAGCAGUUUUUGCUCUGUGGUACGUUGAGUCACUUUGUAGAACCUGUCAAAGUUGUAAAGAUAUGAAUUAUAAUAAAAGUAUAAGCUGUGAGAAGUGGAGUUUUACGAACUGAGGCUUGAAGUUACACUAAAAUUUUGAUAUUCAAACCACUGGCUUUGUGGGAUCUGUCGGUCUGCACUGUUUGGUAGCACUUUCCCAGCUUAGCAGCUUAUUCAGUUUGAGCUAUUGGUUACGUAAGACGGCUAUAUGCAGCAGGAGGCUAAUCCAGGGCCCUGACCUUAAUGCCAAUUACCAGAUCAUGAUGACGUUAUUGAAAUUAAGGCAGAAUAAACAAGACUUGCAAACAGUCACCAGCACAGUUUUUAUAGUGUUAAGGAAAGCAAAGGUGCCAGCUUUGAAAGACGCUUCCUGCCAUGGAAAAAAACUUCUGUUUUUUUUCCCCAUCAUGUUUAAAACACAGCUACUUAAUUAGCUGAACAUGAGUUAGCAUAUCUGUGCAUGGUGUGGCAACAUGCUCUGGUCUUCUUGCAUAACAUUAUGUACUGCAUGUACAAGAUGUAGAGCUGUAGGGAGUAGUCUUCACAUGUUGAAAUUUACUUUAAAGGGAUAUUUCACAAAAGGCAUUGUGUUGACAUUCUCAAAAAACGUUGAUUUCACUGUGGCAUCCCUACAUUUAAAGCUGAACUCACAGUUUAUGCUCUAGAAAAGAAGUGUGUGUGUUGGCCAGCAAGAAACCUCUUGUGCUAUGCUGUGUCAGGCCUGUGGGAUAUUGAGGUGUGGGUGGUGCACACUAUUUUGGGGUAUAAAAGGUGAAAGUAAGCAACACUAGUUUGCACUUCCAUAUGAUAUCACACAAAAAAUGAAUAUGAUGAAAAUACUUUUUAAUGUAUUUAAUGUAAUGUAUAAAAUAUAUAAUACCAAACAGCAUAAGAGGCAAAGCACCUUGUGUUUAUUCUUAAUUGGUAUUUGACAAUAUCUCAACAUGUAAUAGGGGAUAUUUACUAUGAUAUCAUACAAUACCAUUUAACAUCAUAGGGAUUGAUAGGAAAGACUUGUUGUGUCCUGAUGAGCAAACUUAUCAGGAAUCACAAUGUUGCGCAUAUUUAAAUGGCGGUAGUUCCAAUUUUAAAAGACACAAGAUUAUAUUAUCAUAUAACAUGAACAAAAAAUACAUUCAAUAAUAUAUAAAAUAAAGUAGUACAUACCAGGGGUGGACCAGUUAUCGGCCUUGUGUCUGCCUGGCUCUUCUGUCUUACACCAUUUUAUCUCAUCAAAUGUUUCACCCACAAUAAAAUCUGAUUGGCUAGACAUCACAAGACCACGUGACACAACUGUACUGUAACUGUAUCUGGUUCUUAACUCCUCAUUACUCUAGUGUUUGAAGUUGAAUGCUUCUGAUUUGAUUAGACACUUGCUAAAGACAUUUAAGAAGACUCUUGACAUGGAGUUUUCCAUAUUCCAAAUAACAAAUUUUGAUAAUAACAGAUUUUUAAUUCCACUAUCAGUUACAAAAAUCAGUUAUCAGUCUCGUGAACUACUUAUUAUUGGUACUGAAACUGAAAAACCAAUACAGGCCAACCCCAGCAGAUACUACAUCUUGAAUAUGCACACAAUUUUGACUGAAUUAAGCACCAGUACAUUUUUAAUAGCCAGUUUUUAUAAAAAUUGGAACGUUUUUCUUCUGGCUAUUGAUGCUAGCAUAGGAAAUAUUAGUUAAAGUUGUUGUUUUUGUUGUUGAUUUCUUGGCUGGCAUAAAUCAAACAGUUUUGUGUGUGUAUACUUUUCAACUGUCGGUCUUAUAUUCCAUUUCUUGGAAUAGAGUUGGCAUUUUGUUUAAUCAUUUCUUUGUUGUCACUUCUUUUUUUCUGACCUUCAUCAACGAGAGCAAUGUUAAGGGCUUCUGUAAUCAGUGCGUCAAAUCCUUUAAAUGUCAGCAACAACUCUAUCAGCUCAGAAAAAAGGAGAGAGCAUGUGUCAAAGCGUGUGGGUUAUUACCCUCUGCCAGCUUUUAGUUUUCAGUGAUUCAACAUCUACUCGCUUUAACCUCAACUCCCCUCUUACUACUACCAGAGAUGAGGGGUCGUGUCCUGUAAUUACUCAGACAUCUGCACAGAUCUGCUAGGGAAAUGCAUGCUCAAGUGAACAGGAAUAGCAGAGGCUAAAAGCUUGAUAUGCCAGCCCCCUGCUAUGUGUGAAUCUGUUACAGAGGAAAAAGCCUGAAUGCAGGUUAUGUAAUCAGUUAUGCUGCAUGUGUCAGCUGGUAGAGGUAGACACAAACAGAGAUGAUGCUUUUAAUCCAUGUUGAAAGAGAAUACAGUGUUUAUAUGAGGCAUUUUUCUUGUAAUUCAUCACAUUUGCUGCUGUACAGUUAGAUUUGUUUUAAUACCUACUGUAUGUGAGGCAUGCCGGUUUUCUGUAUGUAAAGAUUGAUGCCAAAUAUAUUUUUUUCAGAGAUACUGUUGCUUUAAUUAAAUCUAGUAUUAAUAACUCUUUAUCCUUAAAUUGAUGUUAUAAAAUGUACAAAACAUUUCAUCCACAUUAGGCAGGUUUAGUGCCAUGCAAACAUGUUGUGACCCAAAACACUCUGUUGUGGCUGAUGGAUCUAAAGAUUGUGGGUUGUCUGGUUCAUCAGCAGCAUACAAGAUGAUAUGUCUUUUUAUUCACCCUAUUUGUUUUUUGCUUUUAUCCUACAGCCAAUGAGUCUUUGUGGUGCCAUGAUGAAGAGUUCAGUGGAGGUUAACUUGCUGUUGCUGCUAGUCUUCACACUGUGUGUAAAGGCAAUGCGUAAGUGUUUGUGUUUAGCCUACUUUCUAACAUGGUUACAAUAUCAGUAAAAGUUCCUGACUUUAAAUAUUUAAGGGGUUGAAUGUAACCCAGGAAAUCCCAGUAUUGGUGGUAAUGAAUGGUGAAAGCAUGUUGAGAUGUUUUUGUGAUAAAUCACACAUUUUUUCUCAAAUUAUAUUACUGUCUUAAAUUCUGUUACAUAAACCACUAUGUAUUAUUUCUAAGUAUCUGAUCUGAUAUGAUGCAUCUGUUGUGUUUCUUCAGGCUACAGCCCGCCAGAAAAGCCAGUACUGACCAGAUGUCGCUCACCAGAAAAAGAGACCUUUACCUGCUGGUGGGAACCAGGUUCUGAUGGAGGGCUACCAACCACCUACGCUCUCUUCUAUCGUAAAGAAAAGUGAGUUCAAAUCAGCACAGAUGAAGGUGUCAGAGUUCAAUAAAUAGAGCCGAGCAGUGACUGUGUUCAAUACGACAGGCGUCUUUGCAUCUUGAAGGUCAAUACACUCGUCAGUGACUGUGUAUGUCACAGAGGUGUGGCCACCAGAUAGGUAUAAGAGGUUUAAAAUAGCAGAGAGCUUCAUUCACUGAAUUUGUAAGGUGCACACUUAAAGGGAAUAAAGGUAUGAGUGACAGAGCACAUACAAAUUCUAAACAUAUGGGUUGUUAAAAUUGAAAAAUGAGGAGAACCAGGUUAGUGUUGCUGCAUAAAAUAUUAAAGGCAUAGUUAAUGUAAACACACGUCGAUACAACAUCAUUUUUGACAACAUUCUUGGUGACCCAGUGGUGCCUCAUGAGGCAGCUGUAAAUUAGCGGAUAUUUGACAAUCAAAUGUAUCAUUAAUCAAGUUUUAAAAACAUGACAAAACAUCUUAAGGCUGACACCUAUCCCCUCACCCCAGCUACUCGAAUUAAAACAUUACAAUAUGAAAAACAUCAGGCUUGUUGCUGAUGGUCUUAUGUGUUUGUACAUGUCAUAAAAAAGCUUUAAUAUGAAUUUCACUCUUUAUUGACAUCAAAAAACUCUAAUGAGUGCUUUGAGUAUGACCGCACAUUUAAUCUCCAUCAGCUUUUUAGUGACUCCUUAACCAAUAAGCAGUAAAAUUGGAGAAAUUUUGUUGGAUUUUGCUUGUAUGCUCUUAUAAUUUCUAAACAUCAAGACAGCUGUGGGAAUCUAGUGAAUUAAAGCUCUCUGGUAGUCUAGGAUUGGUGGCCAAGUGCUCACAGACAUGUUAGCUGAGUUAUUUCAAGGCCUCUCAACACAAAUCAAACUAAAGAUGGGCAGACGAGAAAAGACAUACACUCAGGGACGACCAGACUUUAAAAAGCCGGUGCGAAUAAUAGCAAAGAAAACGCUGGUUUGGUCAGAUUCACAUGCAAGGUUUUAGGCAGUGAAGCAUAAAGACUGCAUGUUGCUCUUCAUAAAUGCACCAUCAGUAAUGUCGUUUAUCUGCCUCUUGCAGCUCUGAGACUGUGUACGAGUGUCCGGACUACCACACAGCUGGAGAGAACUCCUGCUUCUUUAACAAGAACGACACAUCCAUCUGGGUGAACUACAACAUCACUGUGGUGGCCACCAACGCACUGGGGAGCACUUUCUCUGACCCUGUGGAUAUAGAUGUUGUGUACAUCGGUGAGUAACUGCUUGGCGCUCUUACACUGCCUUUCUGGGUUGCAUUUGUGCCAAUGGUUAAGUGCAAUAUUCAAGGCACAACGUCGUAAUGGGGAUUAAAGAACUGCAUUUUAAUGUUACAAUUACUGGUCAUAUUGGAGAAAAUGCUUUCAAGUGAAGCUGCAGCCCAACAAGUCGCUUUUCUUCAAGGGUUGCUUCUGGUUUGCUUCUUCCCCUUUUCAGAAACAUGGUGAAUUUUCCUACUGUUGUUUGCCUUUACAUAUUAUUUGAGAGCCUUUAUAAAUAUCUCAGUUUGAAUAUCUCAGAUUACUUUACGUGAUCUGCACACGUCACUAUACUGGGCGAAGAAAGCACGGUAAUGCCUGUGCCAUCUUGGGUGUCUGAGGAAAUCUAAGCUCAUCUAAGCUCUGCUGAAAAAUGCGACAUUAACAAAAUUGAGUCUGUUCUGUGGGGCUCCAUCAUAGCUUCUCAUAGGAGCUGAAUGAUCAGACAAAAGACUGCAGACCGGAUCAACAAAGACUUACAUCACCCAGAUCACGACCAGAUCUGUCUGGCGUGGUUGCUUUCUGGACGAUGAUUACGCUCUGUUGGGGCAAUAACUGAGAGGAUGAGAAGAAGCUUUUUCUAGAGUCAUACAGACAAUCAAAUCAUGGAUUCUUACUUGACAUUUUGCUGCUUAUCGAAAAUCCACUUCGUCAAAUAACCUUUUGUUGAUAUGAUCCUCUUAUUGUAUCUUAUCUAUUCUUAUGUUUGCACAGCUGGUGGUUGUAGGCAGAUUAAUUGCACUUGCUGCAGCUACAAUAGGGUGCCUUGAACCUUGAAAUGUGAUUUGGAAAAACAACUACAUCCUGCUUUGAGUCGUUUGAACUUGUUUGGGAUAGUUGUAAAAUACCUCCAGUUUAUUACUUCUGGCUAAUUAAACGUAAAUCUAAGCAGAUCUACUUUAUGUUGUGUUUUAUGAGACAAUAUUAAUAUUGUACGUAGUCAGUAAUUAAUCUCAUGCAGCCAUGAUGUUGAAAAUAAAACCAUGUUGGGCUGAUGAUAAAGUGUUAAAACCUCAAGUACCUGCCCUUGAGACUGCUUAUCUCAAAGUUUCCUUCUUCCUUCUGUCUCCAAAAGUUGAGUUGACCUGAUCUGCUUAUCAGUUCUCAGCAGUAUCCUUGCCUUGAAUGUGUCUGCCUUCCUUCAUAACGCUCAGCUGUGUGUCUCCAAAAAUAACUUCAAUGUUGCUCCCAAUCAGCUCCCCCGAAGGUCACAUGUGCAUCAAUCUUAGGAAAAAUCACCUCAGCAAUGACGGAAUUUAUCCUCUUCUGGUGUUCAUUGGUUUUCUAUUUCCUAGAAGAGGGGGAUUAGGAUUAGAUUCACCGUCGACUUUUCUCUUAAAGUUCAGCCACUCACAAAAACACCCCCCGUCUUUCUGUCACCCUCUCCAGUCAAGCCAAAUCAUCCAGAGAAGGUAACCGUGACCGUGAUGGAGGACAAGGGCUGGCCCUUUCUGCGGGUGUCAUGGGAACCGCCCCAUCAGGCUGACACUCGCUCUGGUUGGAUCACUCUCAUCUACGAGCUUAGAGUCAAGCUGGAAGGGGAAAAUGAGUGGGAGGUAAGUUUUUCCUUACUGACAAAAACAUGCUCAAGAUGUUACACUGGAUCUCAAACUCAAGAAACUGUUUUUUGGCAAAUUUUAUCAUUCUGUAUACACCACUGACAGUUUGUCUGCUGGAAACUGAAGCUCUGCUCUAACUCUGCAUAACUGUGUCAAUGGUGUGUGCUUUAUUUCCAGAUGCACCUUGCAGGCCAGCAGAAGAUGUUUAACAUUUUUAGCCUGAGAUCAGGGGGUACAUACCUGGUCCAGGUGCGCUGUAAGCCUGACCAUGGCUUCUGGAGUGAAUGGAGUACUACUUCCUACAUCAAAGUUCCUGAUUGUAAGACAUCUACCAACUAUCAAUUUCAUGACACCACACUGGCCACACUAACCAUAUACUAGUUUGUACUUAAUAUAUAAAAAAAUGUAAUUCUUAUAUAUAGAGUUCAAUAAUAUAUGCCCAUGCGUUUUCUUUACACCACUCUCCCCUCAGGUCUGUUUGGUCUGAGCUUAGUCUAGCAUAUGCUGCAGUCAUACACACAGUUAGCUUGGAGGUUUCCUAAUUUGGCUCUUUCUUAAUUUUCUGAUAAUGUCUGACAAAGCUGUUUCUUGGCUCAGAGCAGUGAUUUGUAAAGUCUGCUAUUAGACCACUUCUUAUCAAAUAAGUAUUUGAAAAUUUGAAAAACUUAUUUACAAGUUAAUCCAACUGGAAAGUGAUUUUUAUAUUUGACCUAAGUGAUUGGAUAUCUGCUUUGGACAGAACCAAUUCCAGCAAGCUAAGCUAAUUGAACUCUAACUCAAGAGAAGCUUUUGAGACUUUUAUCAAUCUUCUUCUUUCUUCCCCAAAAUUUUCUUAUUUACAAAAUUUACAUUAAUUGAUUAACUAAAGUCCCUAAAUUAGAUGAAAAUUAAUCCACUUAUUAUGCAUCUUAGCUUUCAUUUCCUAUCAUAUUUGCCAAACAUAAGUAAAAGUGGCACAGCGGUUAUAAGUGGUGUUGACUCACUCAUGUUGGGAUGUUUUGACUUGCAGAUUUCCAUCGUGAAAAGCCAAUGUGGGUCCUCAUUACAUGCUUUUGUGCCUUCAUCUUCCUCAUCCUCACGUGGCUGCUGCACAUGAACAGCCAGAGGUAAGAACAUCAUCAUGACUUUCUUAUACUUUAAUAAUCAAAUGAAUUUUGCUGUUGUAUUGAUUUUAAAUGAAUGUCAUGGUUUUACACUGCAGUCGUAGUUUUCAAACUCAUCUCAAGAAAACAGUUUCAUUAGACUAAACAUGACCUUACUCUCCUGAAACUUCUGCAUAAAAGCUAUUUUCUAUUCUAACUAUUAUAUUAAGUAAUGGCAACGUUAAUAUAUCACCAUGUAGAUGCACCAUUUAUUUUGUCUUUGGGGACAAGCUCAGAUAUCAUAUAAGUCAAACCGUCUGACAGUGUUAGUUUAUUAUUGUCACUAAUUAACAGUGUACAGAAAAAGAGAAAGAUAUUAGGAACAUUGAGAAAUGUUCAAAUGUUCUUUUUGUAUUAUUAAAAAUAAAGUUAAUAUUGGAAUUUUUAAUAUAUUUCUUGAUGAUGGAAAAUGAAACAGAGUAAAAAGAUAGUUUGUCUAUUUUAUGAGGCCGUUGUCACUAGCAAGCAUUUUAACCACAGGAGAUCCCGGCCAGUUUGACCCCACUGUUGAAAAUCUCUACCACUGGUAUCUACCAUUGCAGACGGGGACAAUUUCAACAUAUAACUUUGCUAAUUUUCACGAAGUGCAUCCCAAACACUGUUUACGUAUGCAAUUAAAAAGCUAAAUUGAUCAUUUUUACAAAUAUUUUUAAAAAGGUGUAAUCUUACAAUCAAAUGACCUUUGAUCAUAAAUAUCAUUUUAUUAUUUUAUGGCCAUUUAUUUUUAUGCAUCCUAACUUUUAUCUGUAUUUUUCUUUGUCUGAAGUCUGAAGCAUUGUAUUCUGCCGCCUGUCCCGGGUCCAAAAAUCAAAGGAUUUGAUAAGCAACUUCUUAAGGUAAAACGGCAACAUGUGAUACAGUGUUUACUGCCUAAUUUUAGUUUUAGUCUUGAGUCUUCUGUUUAAAAAAGCAAAUCUGUAACUGUCUUCUCUUUUUUCAUGUAGAAUGGCAAGUGUGAUGAGAUCUUCAGCGCACUGGUCGUGCCCAGUUUCCCCCCAACUGCACCGCCAAACUGUGAGGACUUGCUGGUGGAGUAUUUAGAGGUGUAUGUACCCGAGGAGCAGGAGCUGAUAAUGGAGGAGAGCAAGGAUCUAAAUGAUCUCUGCCUCAAAUCUGGAGGUUGCACGUCGGACAACGAUUCCGGACGGGGCAGCUGCGACAGCCACACACUUCUGAUGGAUAAAUUUCGAGAAGCAAAAGAGAAAAGGAAACCUAGAGAGCAGGGGAGCGGUCAAGCAGGGACAGAGAGCCAGGGGAACCAGAGGGACUGGGAGGAGGAAGGGUCAAGCUGUGCUCAUGAGGACAUGGUCAGUCCCAGCAUUUCUAGUGGAAGGGUGAAGACUUGGCCUUGUGUGUUUUCUCCACUGCCUCAGUACAGCUCAGGUAGGCUGGAGCACAAGGGCUCACUUGAGAGGGCGAAACAGCACUGUCACUCUGACACCCUGUUCCCUCUAGGUUCCACAUCCUCCAGCCUUGACCAGCAAGGCCAGCACACUAAGGAGACUCUCAGACCAAGCAACUGGGAGUUCGGUUUGAGCAACAAACAACCUCAUCUACUCCAUCCUCAUACUCGGCCUCAGCGGCAACUUCAAGCUCACAGUGAUGUCAACAUCUCAAGUAUUGGCCACAAACGAGAACUCAGAGGUCUGCACUCACCCGCACCUGAAUCGACUGAGUAUGUGGAAGUCCAGAGGGUAAACGAAGAGAAUAUGGUCCUGCUCCAGCCUGUGGACUCAGAGCGGGGUCACAUGGAAGACUGCUCCCAGGUACCGCUGGGGGAGGACUACAGCAGGGUGAAUGGAGUAGACAGGGACAACAGACUACUGCUCCAGAGAGAGGUCACUCAAGGAGACAGGUGCUUUUGUGGAGACCGGGACAUGAAUGGAGAGAGAACAGAGAACUGCUACUCACUGUCCACAGCGACCAUGACACAAAAACCAAGGGUCUGCAUUCACACUGCCAUGCCAGUACAGGAUAACAUGGUUCUAGGGGUGACUGGUUAUGUUGACACUUCCACUGCCAGCACACUGCCCAGUUACUAGUUGCUCCUUAAGCCCAAUGAAGCAAGUCUAGGACAUUGUUAGACCUGUUUCAGGGCGGGGCUGAGACUAUUCAAGAACAUAACACUGUGGAUUUAGAAAUUCUUGAAGAGACCAAAUUUGGUAUUACAGAUCACGGGUAUCUAAUUUAAACAAUAUAUUUUUACUUUUACUCUGGUUGAGACUGGUUUGAGGAUCCAAAUGUAUGUUUGAAUGAUCUGAACAAUGAUCUUUAUAAAGCAUAUGAUUGUAUACAUUGUCUUUUUCUUCAGGCCAUUGUUUAGAUCCAUAACCAUGUCAUAAAUCGUCUUCUUCAUUGCUGGCAAACUUGUUCAUGCCAUGAAUGAAUCGUUCAUGAAAGUUACUGUUUACUGUUACAAUGUGGGCAUAUAUCAAAAUUAUUUACUCAAAAUCAUAACUGUAUAAAGUUUAGUCUUAAAAUAAUUUUAAUUUCCUUUGUUUUUUAAACAUGUUUAUAUUGAUGGAUUGUAAAAUACUGACAUAAUGACAUGUAGUCUGCAAUCCACAACAGCCACAACACAAAUCCUUAGUGACCCAGUCACUCUGUUUUCCCUUUGUUUUUAUUUAUGCAUGUAUAUGUAUAGAUAUGGAAAGCCAAGUGAGUCAUAAUCUAAGUGCAGUUUGACUCAGCAGUGAAAUAAUAUUGCAAAUCUUACCAUAAAACCAUGACAGCAAUAAAUUUUUGAUGAACUGUGA